AUGUCUAUGUCUGCCGCUCCCUCGAUUCGCAUACGCCUCUACGAAGACCGGGACGAAGCUAAAGUCCAUGCUCUCUUCGUAGAUUCCCAAAUUGAAGGAGUACCUGGAGCUCCCAUCAACGACGCCCUCCGACAGCAUCUUACAUCGCCCUCCUCGUUCUUAUGCCUUGGACUCUCCACGAUAGGGUCGAGUCUACUCUUAAACUCGUACUCCAGCUUUCUUCCCUCUGGGCUAUCGCUAUGGCUUGCUCGUCUGCCCAUCAAAUCACCGGGUACCGCCCUUGGAGUCGCUCUAACUACAGUUCCCGCUUUGUACUGGUUCCUCUACCGGCGACACAUACGGACUGUAUUCAACGGAUAUGUGAAGAUGUCCAUGGACUUGGAUUUGAAGGAUAUUGGAAAGAGCUACAUGGGCUUUCGCAGGGAUGAAAAGUACUCGGGAGGGGGGACUGGGGCAUGGAGAAGUAGGUUCUGGGUCGCCGAAGUUGUUGAUGGACCUGCAAGGGGAGAGAUCGUGGGGUGUGUGGGAUUAGAUGCAUUGUUGAAUCCUGACCCAGAAGUCCUCGAGCUUCGUCGCAUGGUCGUAGCGCUACCUUACCGGCGACAAGGGAUUGGACACAUGCUCAUUCGAGCUCUUGUUGACCAUGUCAAGGAUUCAAACGCGAAACUUGGAUCGGAUCCGACGGGGCAAGGGGUCAUUUGCAAGAGAAUCACAUUGGCCACGACUACGUUCCAGAAGACGGCGAUGAAGAUGUAUGAGAAGCAUGGUUGGAAGAAGGAAAAAGUGACUGUAUAUAUGGGGAGUCAAACUUGGUCGAUGGGAAUUAUUAGUUAUGGUCUAGGAGUGCAGUUCAUGGCAUUGGAGAUCAAAUAA